AUGAACAUCCUACUUGUACUACUCUGGUCAUUCCAAGCCAAAGUAGCAUGCAUCCAGGCUGUCUGCUUCAGCCCGGGUCCCGAAGACUCUGAGGUGGUGCGUCACGUGCCUCUUGCUACCUUCACUCCCAGUCGCCCGCAGCGAUCCACAGGGCGUCCGCUUCUUUUUGCCGUCCACUUAGAUACUUCUUUUCGAACUCUCCCAUUCAGCAAAAUGCUCGAGGUAGCGUAUUUCCUCCCGCCUCCCCUUGCAACUCUUUUCUCUUAUAGACUGAAAUUAUUGAGCCGGCUGUACAAUUUUGGCAGACGACGCUUUCGCUCGCCCUCACUAAUCUUGUAACUGUCAAAUUGGACAGGUAUCCCCCACCUACUCGACUCCCUCAGAUUCCUCUGCAGGCAGUGUAUCGGUGGAGAGGUUGGUUUUGCACGAGAAAAGAACAAUGACAAGAGCCGUCUGCUCUCAUUUUGUAUUCGAGGUUGUGAGGUUACUACUCGUUGCGGGCCCGUACGCGUGCCCCCAGAACACGUAAACGUAAGUUCGCAAACUAUUUGACAACAGAAUUCCUUCUUUCCCGCCAAGUCCUGCCGUAAUGCCUCAAAUCAGCAUUUGAGGCCAUCUGACAUACCGCAGCCCGGCGGUCCAAACUUCCGUAUGUACAUAUCAGCUCUUCCCUCCAGACGGUGUGAUGAGAGUGAGACAUCCAUUGGCUACGCUGCACACUGUCAGCAAGAGAGUCAAACCGAUAGGUAGAUUAGUGUCGUUGGCUGCUUGCCAUCAUCUCUACUGUCCCUUAGGCCUAUUGCCGGAUUCGUCAACUUCUGUCCGCGUGCGCUUCUUCACAGGCAUGCACAGACCGCGGAGCUGACCUAUUUUUUCCGGCAUGAAAUGCUUCAUAUACUGGUAAGCAAAAGUCCCAGUCACAUAUCUGCAACUAGCGCACCUCCUCCUCCUCCUCCUCCCCCUCCGCCCCGCUUUUUUAUUCACAACAACCAGCGUCAAUUCAUCCUCCUAUUCUCUUGUUUGUAAUUUUUCUGUCGAGCCGCUCACAACCGUUUUCCAGCUAAUGACUUAAUGACCUUUCAACACUUCAUUCUGGUCUUUUAGGGAUUUUCAAGCAGUCUUUACGCCUUUUUUCGGAGUCCGACAGGGGAGCCAUUGACGCCCCGCCAGGCUUUUUCACCAAACCCAAGUCUUGGUUGGUUUAACAAAAGUCGGUAUGUUUCAUAUCAACACCUCUCCAUUUUGACUAUUUUAUGAACCAUUUCCUCAAUUUGCUCCAAAUAUCUGGUGUUCCAUUUUAGAGGCAUUUAUAAUUGGAGCGAAAGGGUCAUAAAAAGGGUAGUUCGAAACUGGACAAGUUCUCGCGGCGUCUUUCCCAAAGUAGCGUACUUACUGCGGACCCCGGCAGUUUUGGUAUGUUUAAACAUUUCCACCUUUUUGCAUGCAUUUUCUUUCUCACGCCCUUAAAUUUAUGCAUGCCAUUUCCUCAUCUGUCAUUUGACCCUAGUUCGUGCAAGUGUAUUGAGUGCCUGGAGGAGAGUUGUCAGGGCAAGAUCUGUGCUUAGUUUGUGUGCAAGACGUGGAAUCUGGCUCUCGUCCGCUGUGGGCCAGCGGGUAAAGCGUGCACUAUCCUAGCCAGACACAAGCCUCAAUGAACGCGGGUUUUCUCCUGCACUGAACUAUAAGAGAGAUGACCACUGUGACAACUGUUUCUUGUCAAUACUAACUGCGACUGACUGAACAGACUAUGGAGGAUUCGUAAACACACGACCAGAAAGCGUUUGCCACCACAGACACGAACCGCCAGUCACUAAGGUAUGCCAUUCGCUGUAAUCCUGAUUUCCCACAACCAUACAUUUGCUAGCUGCGCAAACUUGUUGAUUAUCCUUCAGUUCCUAACUCGUGGGGAGAUUUUACUGUUGUCUCAGCGGCUACUCUGCACAGACGACAAGCGGGGUUACAAUAACUCAGAGCCAAAGCAGACGAUACAACCUCACCUCAAACUGAUCAACCCGCAGGCAUUUUCUAUCCUCCUAGUCUUCCAUCACAGGCAUAGUUUCGACUAAAAAUGCGAAUUAUGUCAAUUAUCCGCAGUCUUAGCGUUGUCCUAAUUUAAUCAGAGCAAUAUGAAUUACUCACUUCUGGGUUUCUGGCAUUCCGGGCUGAUUUUCUGUCAGGAAGAUCCGCUCGAGUAAGUAAAUCAGGAAUGGACCCCUAAACAGUGGGCGCCAUGCCUGCUUACUGUCAUUAUCAGUGACGAAAAGGGGAAAGUGGAUUCGAGGUAUUUGUGGCUACUUCUGCCGCUCCUCGUGUCGUCCAGGUUUUAUACCACAAAUGGGUUAGUCAGAAGUAUAAUUGAAAAGUACCACUGGCAACGACAAGGUAGAUUUGAAUAUCAAUUUUGGACUUCUUGGCUGUCACCAGCCUCCAGACCUGGGGGGACUCCGCCCCGAAUGUGGACCUUUUCAUCAAUGAAUCAAACGCUCCACCGUUGAACAACCGGUUUAUGCCUUGUCGGCGGAAGUCGGGGUGCAUUCGGAGUCACCUGGAGUUGACGUCCACCCAUCUAUCCCGGCUUCAGGGUGAGGUAUGGAUGCUACUUUUUUCCCUAGCGUGAAAGCACUUUGUGGGGUUUCUAGUAGCCGUUAGAGCCAAAGCGCCAGUUGCAGACACCCAUAAUGAACAGGUUAUUUUCGUGGUAGGAUCUUCCACUAGAUCAGUUAUUAUCGGCUGGGACCUCAGCGAUUUGGCCUCUCCUGACAAGACGAAGGCUUGAACCAAUCACUAAAUCUGUUUAUAUAGAUAUCGUUGAGUAUUCGGAGAUAGGUAUCACAUGACGUGACAGGGUAAAUAACAUUUAUUUUUACUUCUUCUCCAACUGCAGUUUUUGUCUGGUAGCUAUGUAGCUGGAUAUUAAAGACAGACCGACAAGACAUUAAUCCUUCCAUUGACUUUCCUAAUAUUAUUAUAAUUUUUUAUUGCAUAAAGCGCGUCGCGAAGGAGUAUUUUGGCUGCCCUUCUUUAGACGGCGUUGAACUGGAAGAUCACCAUCUGCCUGGCGUUUCCCUUUCUCACUGGGAGACGCGACUCUUGGGGGUAAGUCUUGAAGGGGUAAUGUGUUGUGUCCGCCAUCCCACCAGUUGCGUCCGCCCUUAAAGCCUUGAGAACAGUGCAGUUUUUACUUAGGUUAGCUGUUGAGCAGACAUUUCUUGACUUCAGUGGAAAUUGCUUCAAAUUACGAUGCAUCCUAGACCCGGCUGUAACGUAGGGAGCAGAGAUUUUGAGGUGUCCUACCUUGGCCGUGACCAUAUCACACGCCAAAUUUUAAGAUGUCGACACUCUUCCCAAGGACAAAGCCAAUGUUUUUUGCAUAUAUUAUUAAUUUCAACUGGAGUUCGAGAGAAAAGCCUUUCUCAGGACCAUGUCGCUGAUUGGACGCCACUGAGAUACAGUAGGUAACGCACCUCGUGUAAUAAACCUGAAUUAACGAAGAAUCACUAACCAAUCUAAAACCAGUCCGGGCGCAUCUAGCAAAACACGAAAUUAAUAACGAACAACCUUCAACUAGAUAAAGACGCUAGUAUUACAAGUACCAUUUCGUUGAUUAGAAAGAACGGUCUAAUAAGUGUUUUUUUGGCAGAUUUGAAUAUCUUAUUUGGCCCGGUUGUGAAAACAUUGACUGCCUCUGUGGGACUCGAACUAACAACAGUAAAGACAAGGCAUGAGUGCAGCCAGCCCUCUAACCACCUGAGCUACGAGGCCCCACCGGGAACCGUGAGUUUGAUUACAUUUCGAUCAAGGUGCCCGCCCAGCCCACUGUAGCCUAUUGAAUCCAUCAAUUCUGAUGCAGUAAGCUGACUGUCCAAGCCUCAUAACUCAGGUGGUUAGAACGUUGGCUGGACUCGAGCUUUGUUCCUGCCGUCGUGGGUUCGAAUCCCAUUGAGACUGCCGAGUUUUUCAUAAUUGGGUCAAAUAAAAGAAUGGUUUUGGAAACGCGAAAAUUCGUGCCACAUGAGUGGGCUCAAAUUUUAAAGGCCCAUAGUGCUUUUUCAUGCGAAUAACUGACGAAAUAAAGUGGCACAAGCACAGUAUCGUCUAAGAAAUAACAUACAUACAUUUUCAUUGAAUAUCCUCCAAGAAUAAAUGUUAUACGAAGUCUAACGGAGGCAAGUGCGUAAUGUUCGGUUAUGUGUUUCAAGAUCUUAUUACACAAAAUUAACGUAAUUUUCUGCUUUUAUAUUCGCGAUGCGAUUGGUUAAAGUAAAGAGGAUUUAACUUGAUGUCACUGAUAGCGGCGUCACAGGAAUAAAAGUUUUCAUAAGGUCACAUGUGACUAUUAAACCUGAAUAUAAUUGACAGAUGGAGUCGUAAGCGUACCAUUUUGUGCAUAUUAGGAAAACUUGUCUUCCGUCAAAUUUGUGUGCGAUUUUUGCUGUCGGUGAAGUCCAUUGAGUUUCAGUGUCCUUGGAAUGUCAGUGAUUACCUUCUGAUCUUACGUGCGUUUAAUCGAUUGCCCAUAAAGAUAAGUUCUGCGCUAUAUAUUUAUUAAGACCUUUGAAAUAAGAUAUAUCUUAGAAGCGUUUACCCAAAUACUGUUUUCUUGGGUGUCUUCCUUCAUGUAGGUGGUCGUUUGGGUCACCUUUCAAGGCUCACCCAAAUAUGAGACCUCAUUGUAGAAAAAAUGGACGUCCACAACAAUAGUCACAAAUGAACAUGUUUUAUUUACCUACUUAGAAGUAUUUUAAUACCAUAUUCUGUCGUCGGAUUUCCACGUACUUUCCUUUUUACAAGGUGAAGCCAAGAAAAAAAAUCGCCACCUGACAGUUUUUUUUCACUUCCCUAGGAAAUACUGAUGAUUUUUCUGCCGCAAAAGGAAGAAUUUACGGUCAGAUGUGGUUAUGUAUCCCCAUCUGAAAUAAAAAAGCCCAGCCACCUGCAAUGCAGUGCCGGUGAUAAUAGGUGGGGUCGGGGAACGCAGAGGCGACGAGGUCCAGUUGUUGUAUUUAAAGGAGAAGCUAUUGGGAAUGCGUGGUUGAACUUUGGGUGGUUGAGAAAUAAUUGCCCUAACCCUAAAUUCAAACCCUGACCCCUAACCCUAACCCCAACCCCAACAGUUUUGUGUCCAUCAGGUGGGGCUACAUAAUCACAUCUUUCUGAAUUUACUUUUCUCCUUAUGUUACAACUGUUUUCGUCAUCUUUGUUUACUUCUAGGCCCCGUUCUACAAUUAUAAAUCCACAGAACAAUGGCCAUAUAAAUACUGACAUACCGCUCAAACUAUAAAUGUUUUGCCCAUUCUGUUUCUAAAUUACGCAUAAGCAGACACUGAGUCACACAAAAAAGUAUUUUUCCAUACGUUCAAAAUUUAAAAUGCCUGUUCGAUUAUGGCGAUUUUGGCGGCUACUCAUGGUAUAUUCGCAAAUGGCGGGACUAUCAUCAGCACGGUUAAACGGAGGAUUGUCUAUAGGUGCUGUUACUGCACUUCAGGGCACAAAUUAAACAGAUUCACAAAUCCGAUAUUUAAGAAUCGAUAAGACGUAUAGUUUCCAAAAAUAGUCUAUUCGCCGAUACAAGCGAAGAUGCGAGUUCCAGGAACUAGUUGAUAAGAAGAAGCUAUCGCUAGAACAAGGGCGUUAUUCGCCUGACGUUUCGGACUCUGGCUUAAGCCCAUCAUCGGGGACGGUGGUAUAAGCUUCUCUGAUGAUGGAUUCAAGUGAGAAUCCGAAACGUCCGACGAAUAAAGCCCUUGUUCCAGUCUUUUUGUUCGCAACCUGCUUCACGGCGGAAAAGAAAUCAAUUUCGAGUGUGGCACGUUUUUGAUUAGUAAGUCUCAAGAUUAAAUUACUGUCCUCCGAAAGGUAAACAAGCCCAGAUGCGCAAACCAUGUCUGGGACAGCUAUUAAUUUAGGAAAUUGCUCGAAUAUGGGGCAACGUAGAUUUCUGCUCAAUGUUUCAAACAUUUCGCCUGAUAGAAUUACGUUUAGGCAUAUUCCACAUAAAAAGGAUAUUUUGCGGAAGGUGCUAGGCGGACGAGCAAAAUGCGCAAUGUUUUGGCUGCCUAAAAUUAUCACAUCAGGUUUCAUGAGUCAGGUCGCAUACUGUGGCUGAAUCGACCUGAACAUUUCAGAGAAAAUGAAAGUUUUGUAUAGGUAAAUGAUCCAGACAGCCAUUUUAGGGCCGCUAGAUCUUCGUCCUAUAUUCAGUGCUCUUGCAUCCUAACCAGACUGUUUAAACCGUCAUUUUCAGUAGACGUACAUGUUCCCUCCUAUAGAACGAGUUAAUGACGCCAACGUACACAAACGCCUUUGUUCUAUCGAAGUUAACACUGGCUUUAAUGGAAGAUACGGGGUAAGUUGAUGAAAAUGUCUCUUUAAAGCAAUACAUCUUAGUCAGCAGUCUUCUUGAACUCCGAUAGAGCUCCAUCGAUAUACAACGGAGUGUUUUUUCCAAAGUCUAACAAAACCCUCAAAGAAUUUUCCUGUUAGCAAUUACAACUGCGUGUUCCUAACAUUUCCAUCGUUAGCCACCAAUAAAACGGCCUAAGAGAGGCCGGAUAUGCAAGAUCCGUCGUCCUACCUGGACGACCACUUUUAUGCUGUUAGCCUUAUGUUACUGGUCGGUUUGCACUGAUCACCAAUGGGGAUAUGAGUAUCUUUUUUACAAAAUGAAGACACCUCGAAGAUUGAGCGAAUAGCAUCAGACUUUAAUCUCAGUUCUUUGUGUCAGGAUUUGCCUCGCCAUCUUUGAAAGACCCCUAUUCCAUUUCCGCAGAUUCCGAUGUUGUCAGAUAAAUACGAGAGUAACCUAGCGAAGGUUUUGGGAAUUAUUCUCCGAACAAAUAUUUUCUAUUGGUCACUGUUCCAAAGUUGUUUUUUUCUCAUUUUAGCUGGUACCUGGUCAACUAUUCAUCAUCUGACGACUUAGCCUGGGGGUUUGGACGUGGUUGCCUUUUUGCAACGGGCAGUUGCUUCGAAUUCAUGUCUGAACAGACGAAACAGUAAGUUUGACUACAGUAACUUUCUGAAUCUCCUGUUUUGCUGUUAUAAUCAGAGUACGUCCACUUUAUAAAUUUCGACUGAAUCAAGGAAUCACCUAUUAAUCCUUUUCAAGGGUUUUGAUUGUCGUCUCCCCAGCAAGUUUGGCCGAUCUUAGAAAUUCGCAGUCCCUCCUGUAGGGAAUAUAAGAAAAUACCCAAGUUUCUAAACUGCGUCGAUAAUGCACCCGUCUCUUUUUGUUGCAUUUUAGACAUCUACAAAAUAUAGAUGACUCUUUCUUCACGUGAACUUCGUGCAAUGCUUGGUAUAGUGCCCCCCCCCCCACAAUGAACUACGCUAAAUAUGCGCUGUACCAAGUCGAGGGUCAUAUUGAGUCGCGACGCACGUUAAUCGGACUGCGCAGAGUCAACGCAUCCCAUAACUACCGUCACACAUGGAGAGGGGCAUGUGGUGGCACACCUAGGCGUAGGCUUCACGCAGUGCCAGCUACUGCGCCCAAUCCCAGCAGUGGACGGCUAACAGGCUCGGACAGUGGACUGUUGCACGAGAGAGGGAGGGGACAGAGUGAGGUCGAUUCGUGAACCCACCUUAACAACAUCUUAGUGAAUUCUUCUCUAAAGUAAAUCUGAAACACUUGAAUCUAUCACGGUGCGUUACAAGCCGGGGCUUGGAAGGCAGCCAACUGACGGAGUAACUGGAUCCUCUCGGGAUAGAGGUCAGGCUCAAUGGCUCCUUGUUAAUGUGACCCCUAUGUCACUUUCAUCAAGACGGACUCCGAGCCGCCCCUUUUUCAUGGAAACACGGUGCAUUUUGCGGGGACCAGGUCGUGUUUGGCACGCUCGGACGGGCCGUUUAAGUUUGCGUUAUGACCCGCCUGGUACUUGAAAGCCCAUGGAGCGUAUACGCACUCGACCCUCGUCCCCAAUACCAAAGCAGCAGACAAAGAAAACACGGCCGACCACGAAAAGUGUAUUAGAAAAGCAGUGCAAGUCGCGACAAGCUGAAAGGUGACGCAUAUUUAUAACACCCUACUGUGGUUCGCCGGCAUUCGGCCCAAUGACCUUCGGGAAUAGGGGAGUAGCCAAUGGAGAGGCGCCCGAUUGAGAUGACAACGCUGUAGAGAGAGCAAACGCACAUGGUCUCCAGUGAUUGGUUGGCUCUUGUUUUUGGGAGUGUAGGCACUCGCCACACUUUGGCAGCCAUUGCUCCCAAGCCCGACGCCGGUCGUCCUGAUUGUUUUUUUCACCGGGUCCAGGUGGGCGAGGGAGAAGAAAUCGUGACAGAUGCUACACAAGUUUGCUUUACUGCAAACUAGUUCACGCACAAGUCACCGCCCUGCGCCCACCACGCUGAGACAAACGGUGGACAUCAUCAUUCACGAUGUUCGCACUGUCGGGUCCCUUUCACGUAGAGAGCAUCCCCGACCAUUUCCAGCUGUCUUGUCAUCGGAAGAUAGGGGGUAGAUUCGUUGAAAUUCUGCCUCUGUAAACCAGUUUAUGGGCAUUUCGCCACUGCGUCCUCUCCGUGACGAUCAUGGUCCUCGUCGCUUGUGACGCACGAACUACGAACAUGCUCGUUGCUUGACGGAGCGCGUGCUAUCUCAGUUCGUCCCCUUCACUUUGAUUUAGCCUUGGGUUUUAAAUGGCUCGAAUAGGAUGUGCCGGCAAGGCCAGACAGACUGGAAUCUUUGAAGUACACCGUUCCCCUCCUGUCUGUGCUAAUAUUCACAAGUUUUCGAUCCGUGUAGCUGGCGGACUUUGUGGUCUGUUGUUUUUACUUUUGGCCACCUUGUCGUGCUUUUCUUCUUCUCGGCUUGAUUCACCCCCAACAGUUGCCUUUUCAGCGGGUCAAACCUAAACUAAGCCACGCUAAUGGGAACGACAGUAUUCAGUCCUUAGAGUUCAUGCAGUUCCUGAAUCUUCGAACUUGGUAGGCACAGUAGCGUCCUACAUUUGAUCCGUCAGUAAGAUUUGCGUCAGUUGGUUGCUUGUCCUCGCAGUCUGCUUGCUCGCUUGUAGACCCCUUGUCCGUAAAAUGUUUUAGUGGACGGAGCACUGCACCCUUCUGCUACCACCCACGGUUGACCGAACCUACAAGCCCCGUCCUCGUGAGUUGCACACCAGGCGGUUACAGUUUUGGUUACUGCAAUCUAAUCCGCCACAGAGAGUCCCUACCACCGGAGUACUCAUACUUUGCGUCCUCCAACCUGUUUAACGCCUCAUGCCCACCGGCUUCUGUCUGCGGACUUAUGCCUUUACAAUCUGCAGCUCCUGGAGAGGGUAGUGGAGAUAGCAAUCUUGGCGGAAAGAUUGAGAUGGCAAACUUCUGUCCCUUCGUGCAGGUAUGUCUCCGCACGCAUAAGUUCGAUCUUUCUCUUCCCUGGUUUGGCUCUUUGUUACCAACUUUGAGGUCGAAGUUGACUUAGGUCUUGUCGAAUAUGUGCUGUUCAACAGUUACAGAAACGUUAACUUGUUGGUCCUUUUGACUAUAGGUUGGUUUUUAUCUUCUAUUUUGUUAAGUCCCCUUCUCCUUGGUAAGACAACCGCCAACAUCCCAACCUCUGCGCCACUAACAUUCUGAGUAAACUUUGGCAUAAGGCCGCUUGCUGCUUUUCGCAAUCGAUAGAAUUUUCUUCCCUUUAAGCAGUAUUAAUUCAGUUCAGUUUUAUUAAGAGAAAUAUAGGCGGGCGCUUUUGAACUCCCUAUUGGCUACGAAUCGUUUGAAAAGGGCACUGAUAAGUGGAAAGUUGAAAAAGAUUUUUUGUACAUAAUUGCAUGCGCAUGGCAGGCAGCUGCCAGCUAGGCGAAAAAUAGUGAUCAUUAACGAUUACUCACUCAUUGUAAGUAGUAUAGACGUCUAUAAGUUGGGUGAUGGAUUGCAUGGUGGGGUGUGUCACUUGUAAUUGGAAAGCUUGAAACGCGUCGAGUUUACACAUAAGUGAGUCCACAGAGGAGGAGAGUACAACAUCAGUAGGCAAGGCACUCCACGCUGCAACCAUUCUUGUUGAAAAAGAACUUUCGUCCAUUGAUCCUUGCUUUACCUGUGCGCAGUUUUAGGGGACGACCGCGCAAAGUGGGCGUGUUGACUUAAGUGAAGUAAUCACUGGGAUCUAAGCAACAGUCUAGGCCGUUUAUAAUGCGGAAUCUAAGUAUAAGGUCACCGCGUAGUUGCCUGAAGGAAAAGGGAAACAGGUUGAGAGUUGACAGUCUGGUUUCAUAGGGCAGGGCUUUCAGACCGUUUGUCGGUCAGAUGCGGUUGUAGCCCCACCUGAAGUAAACAAACUCCAGCCACCUGUAACACGAGAUCGGUGGUAAUAGGGGUUUUUACACGUGAGGCCGGGUAACGCACGGGCGACGAGGUCAACUAGUUGUAUGCAAAAGAAAAGCUAUUUGGAAUGCGCGGUUGUACUUUGAGUGGUUGAGAAAUAGUUGAACUAACCCCUAACCCUUACCCUUACCUCCUAAUCUUAACCCUAACCCCAACAGUAUUGUGUCCUUCAGGUGGGGCUACAUAACCACAUCUUACCCUUUUGUCAUUUUUGUUGUCCGCCCCUGGCCCUUCUCUAAGGCUGUAUUGUCCUUUACAGUCCAAGGUUUCCAUACCUGUAUGGCGUAUUCUGGAUGAGGCUGCACGUAGGUGCCAAAUAUUUGGAAAAACAGCCAGUGUCAAAUCCCAUAAGGGCUCACCUAGUGAGUUGUAAUGUAGCUAUAGCCGACUUAGUCGCCUCCGCGCAGUGCAGUAUUCGUUUGAGUGAAAUUGUAAUCCACACAUCCAAGUCCUUCUGACUAUCAACUUGAUACAGUUGUGUACUUUGAAGGAAGAAAGUCCUUGGGCUGGAGGCUCUGCAGCUGCCAAGGCGAAGGAAGUUACACUUGCUCACAUUGAAGGGCAUAAGCCAGCGCUUCGACUAGUCCUCGAGCCUGUUUAAGUUUGUUUGCAGGUGGUCUGCGUCUGCCGCAUUGUGAAAGCUUUCCACAAUUUUACGUCGUUAGCAAACAGGAUGGCAUCACAGUCCAGGUCCUUGACGCAGUCAUGUAUGAAAACGAGGAAUAACGUGGGGCCUAAGACUGAGCCCUGUAGGACGCCACUCACGACGCUUGCAUCUGAGGACCGUUGGCGCCCGACCUGCACUCUUUGGGAUCGUCCAGUUAAAAAAGCUCUGGAUCCCUACAAGAAGACGCCCACGAGAGCCUGCAUUGCGCAGUUUGUGCAAGAGACGUUGAUUAGGAACGUGGUCGAAGACCGUUUUGAAGUCGAUGCAGAUGACAUCACCGCAUUGCCGUCGUCGCGUGCUUUGUUCCAGCGUUCGAGGGAAAAGAGCAAAUUCGUGGGGCAGUACCUAUUACUUCGAAGGCCAUGUUACGCAUCGGAGAGGAGGUGAUGCUGCCCGAGGAACUGCAUCAAGGCUUUCUUAAUGAUUUCCUCCAUGAUUUAGCGACAGCUGAAGGUAAUACUGGCCUGUAGUUAUUUGCAGAUUCACGAAUUCCACCCGUAAAAGGCGGAGUGAUGGUAGCGGACUUCCAAUCAGAGGGCCGGCAUCCAGUAACAAAUGAAGUUUGAAGAUCAAGGCUAACGGCUUGGACAUUUCGGGAGUUAGCCCCUUCAGCAGCUUGGCCGGGAUUGCAUCAGGGCCUGGGGAGGUCGAUUCUUUCAGGUUUAGUAACUCUUUCUAAACGAUUGUUUGGGGGAAGAAGAGUGUUUCAAAGGUGGGCGUUUCUUCGUCUUCACAAGUAGAUGAGAAGAAAUCAGGUUUACUUGUCACGAUGGACUCGAAGAACUGAGAGAGAUGUUUAGCCUUAUCCUUGUCAUCCGAGAUUUCCGUUCCCCCGGCCGUUCUCAGCAGUGGGAUGGGAUCUUUUGUUCCGCGUACUCUGUGUUAUGUAGCUGUAAAGAACUUUGGGAUUAACCAUGGCACGGUUCAAAAGAUCCUUUUCAAAGGCCUUGCGAUCUCUGGCGAUGAGAAUUUCGACCCGAUUUCUCUGUAACUUAUAACUGCUUAGGGAUUUUGGUGUCCGGUCAUUGAGGGAUCUUUCAACACCUUCAUCUUAUUGUUAACUUCCUUCUUUAAGGACGGAGUCAACCGGCGAUGUCUGUUCCUUAGUCUUCUGCGCAUGGGUGAGUGUACUCACUCUGACAACCUGUAGGAAGGGGGGGGGGAAGGGGGAGAGAGUGAUGGUUGUUUCUUGGUUUGUCGUUUCGACCGCGUGAUUUGCAUCUACGAGCCAUGGUAUACUCACGAUUAGCGUGAUUCCCCGGCAUUUGUUUGGGGCACCCCUUCCUCACCAAGAGGUAAGCAAUGGUGUCUCUAAAUAGGACUGCUUGGACGUCCCAGACGGUUGCCGAACACCACCAUAGGUCACGUAUUUGUUUGAUGGGUGGCGACCCUAGUUAGCUUGGGCGACUGCCGGAUCGCAUGUCGCUCCCUCCGUUGGACUUUUUGAAGUGGUAGGAAAGGGAGGGUGGAUGAGAAGGGAGACGUGGUUACCGGGUGUGGGCACGCACAACACCGGAUUCCCUCACCCACCGGCCGGGGCGAUACCGGGGUGUGGCCGCUAGACAGCCUCACUUUGAGGAGUCGCAUGUGGGAGAUUGGUGCUAGUUAAUGGACGCUAGGCGUAGCCAACUCCUGCAAGCAAGUGAAGCGACCUACUACGACCUUCACAUGGACCCACAGAUGGACCCCCUAAAUCCCGUCCGCUAUAUGCAAUCUCGGAAAUAGCCAUAAAUGUAAUUUCGUCGAUCAAAGAUGCCUAAGCAGCAGUUAAUAAACAAUUUGACGUAGUCGCAUUAAUGUGGCUGAAAUUCGAAGACGUAAAGAUUUGAAAAACCAUCUGUCCUAUUUUGCGACAAACUUACUAGUCUUUAUACUCUCCCCUGACUGGAGCCCGCACUGCACAUGCUUAGGCAUUGAUUCUUCCUCUCUCUGGCCUCAGUCAAAAGAUGUGAAGCCACUUGAAGUCGACUUGCGUAAUAGUCAAUUUUGAACUUUAGAUACUUUGGACGAAAUCAACCACUCCAUUGAGGCAUCCGACGUCCCUUCAUUUAAACUUGGCGUCUGUCUUACGCAGACAACUGUUCCUUGUCACCUACGCUAUUGCGACAUCCUAACCCGAUCAAUUACAUAUCUCCUCUGUCUUAUCCCCUUUAGAGUCAGUUACACUGAGCUAUGUGAUUAAGUCUUCUGUUUACUAGGAAAUCACGUGGGAGCGACAUCAGGGGUUGGUCAGCAGAUCAUCGCUCUGUACGGAGCCUCUAAACGCAUUUCGUGAGUUAUUUCAUGCCUUUUCUUUCCGCAUGUUUCUUUUAAUUUCAUCUAUCCCCAUCCCUUAUGUUGCACCGUAAAGCACUAUUCUGUGCAUCUACCAGCGUCUUUAUCUGAAAACUACAAUCUCGAAGUCUACGACCGACAUGCAAGGUGCUUCUCCACAUCCCCUAAUUGGAGGCUCACUGAUGGCAAGGCUGUCUUUCAUCCACCUGUCAUCGGCGCAGCCUGUUUUAAGGUAGGUAACGGAAAUACUUUUCUUGCAAAGUAAAAUUUCACCGCUGGAAGAAUCCAGGCCCCCUUUGCUAGGGUCUGACUCAUUGCUGCGGAGGCUUUAUAAACGAUCGUGUGCCCUGUUUAGGAGGGUCCCGAGUGACUUUCUUCCCCCCUCUUGUAAUCUCACGGUCCAACUGCAUGUCACUCAACUGUUUACUUCAGAUUUCACGUAAUGUAUUCAGAAGAUUCCUUGCAUGCUGCCCUUUCUAACUACCAAGGUUUGAAUUCUGUAAUCGGCCGAAAAUUGUCGAUUACCUUGUGAAGUCCAUCUAGGUGCGACCACAUGGACACUCGGCCUAAACUUUUGGAGGUUUAACUUCACCCGUACACUUUUCCUUAGUAGCAGGAUGCAGACACAUUGAGGUCGAGAAAUUGAUGUUUUCAUUACCUUAGAUCACAUGACCCUAUUACAGAAAUACAGUAUAUGUCAACUGGUCUUGGAAGGUCACCAACAGAGUGAUUUUCUACGCGAGAGUUUUCUUUCUUGGACUAUGACCGUUUGACGAUUUACGUCUUCCUCUUCACCUUUUUAUUUCAUCUUCCUACAUAGUACCGCUGUUCAGCAGAUGAGGGUGGACUCAUUGUUCAGCUCGCCGGUGGGCUCGAGAUUUCCUGUCCGGAGGCAGGAAUAGAACGGAGGUUUAAUGUGUGCAUUCGUAGUCAUGGUCUCACAGUGUCAGGUGCCAUCCUGUGUCCGCCGUGUCUGGACUUCUGUGAGGUAACCCAAGUCUCUUAGUUUGUCCUUCGUAAAUAUCCAACGUUUUUUUAUUUUGACGCCUAUGCACAAUAGACAAGCAAACCUGGUUCCCCGUGAGCUUCUUUUCAUUACGUAGAAAAUAUAGAUCAGGCUUAAAGAUGCACACUCUCCCGCACUUAGGCGCAGGACCGCCUCUGAUGCGGGACUUGUGGUAGAAGGGGUUUCACAUAUGCUGUCUUUUAAAGUACCGGACGACAUGAUUAAAAUUAUUCAACAAAUCAGAAAAUAAUCUUUGUUUCAUAUGAUUGUUUUAAUGCAUUAAGUGUCUCGGAAUUCGAUUCCGCGCACUAUAAGACGUAGCCAGUAGGGAACAGUGCGUGUUCAUGUAGGAAAUGCUACACGUCGAUUUUCGGGGAAGACCUAGGUAACUGAUUCACGAACGGAGUGAUCAUUGAGCUUUCGGUAAGGCUGUCAGGCCUCUACCCGUAAAGUUCCCUUCACCAUCUCUGGGAGUUGUUGGCAGAGCUUCCUAUAGCAUGGCUCAUUAGAAUCGAUCAUGUAAUUUUUUGGAAGCAUCCUCCUUUAGUUUAUUAGGGGGAGUUGGCUCUCCGAUGGUAUGAUCUCACCGCCAAUUCAAGUGAUAUUCGAAUUACUAAAAGACCGACGUCGACGUUUUUAAAAAGGGCAUUAUGAAAGGCCGUUUAAGGUCCAGAACGGGCAUUAACUGGGGUAUCCCUUUGUGCCAGUUUGCGAAACCCCUUAUCGAACUCUGCAACCGAUCUCGAAUAGGCGCCCUUCUUUAGCUUGGAUCCUGCCUCGCCAUUACGCAUGGAUGCGUUUGACAGACUUGAUAAUGAACUCGUAAGUUGCCAUGAUUCUUCGUCCCGUCUCAGACCAGUAGUGGGGUCAUUGAUAUCUACUAAUCAAGCAGUCGCCGCUUAUUGGCUCGAUAACAACUGGACCCUGCACAAGGUAUGGAUGGUUGAAUGUAACCCUUAUCCUAUGUAAGAUCACUGUGACUCUUUUGCUUCCAGAGUCAAGGCAAUGUUAGAAUUUGUUCGAACGAAUUUUACCGAAGGUUCCGGCCCCUCUGAGGCCAAUUCUCUGAUUUACCAUACAAAGUUUCAUUGUCUUCCCGAGGAACGAGGUGAAAACUGCAUCACCCCAUUAUUAUGGGAGACAUUUGGUCUCCUAGACUUGAGUCGUUAUUAGUUGACGAGCGGCACUUGUAAGUUUCUCCAGACAGUUCAUCCUUCCAGGAGCUUUGACAUUUUUCUAUCUUACUUUUUGACGAGGACGAGGGCUCCAACUUGGAGGUACGUUCGCGUGAUCUGCCUAUUGUCGGAUGCCACGUAAAAGACGCAAAGGCAUUUAUCACGUUCGUUAACGUAGAGUUGCUUUUAGGACCGCCUCGCGAGUUUCGUUUUAGAAACGGAGCGUUGGUUAUCUCUUUUUUCAUGCGUUGAAUGAUUGGCUGUAUCCCUAUGCAAAAUAGGUUGAGAAAGUUGAUGUGGUCCAUCGGCACCUCCCAGUUGUGGACGUUUUUUUAAUACCAAGAGUCGAAAGAAUGCUGGACAACCUUAGAAUCAACUAUGAAAGACUUGAUUGAACGAUACUGUCCUCUCAAGAAACAUCCGAUCUGAAACAAACCGAAAUGGCUGACAACAUCGGUUAGGAAGAGAAUCCGAAAAAAACGCAAACUGUGGAAAAUCCUCUUAAAAACGUGGAGCCCAGAAAAAUUUCAAGAAUUUAGACAACAACGGAACUUCUGCUAAAGACUCCUCCGUGAAGUACGUGCUUCUUAUGAACUGAAGCUCCUGGAAGAGGCACAGCGAAAACCUAAAGCAUUCUAUGCAUACGUCAGGAGCAGUACGAAAAAGCAGGACUAUCUCGCAACCUUAAAGGACAAAAACGACUAAAUUGUGAGCGAUGGCUUUCAAAAAGUCGAGCUUCGAAAUUUGUCCAGUGUUUAUACCACGGAAUCACCCCUUCAGUCCUGUUCUCUGCCACAGCUCGCCAACCAACCACUUAUAAACACAGUAUUAUUUACACAGCAGCUAGUUUUGACAGAGUUAAAUAAGCUGGAUCCGGCCAAGUCAGCUGGGUCAGAUGAGAUCCCAGGAUUAACAGAAUCACUGUAUAAUCUUCUAAAAAUCGCUGGAAGCUGGCAAACUUCCUGACACAUGAAAGUUGGCAAACGUCGCACCUACCCACAAGGGAGGAUCACGGCUAUGUCCCACCAUAUUCCGGCCGGUAAGUGUGACACGCAUUUGUUGCAAACUGAUGGAAAAGAUAGUUGGAAAAAAUAAAUUACAUCGUUCAACAUACUCCGCUGUCACAUCAGUCCAGUUCAACAUUGCUUCUGUGAAAAGAGGUUCUGUCUCACAAACCUGCUUACGUCGCUCGAACAUUGGUCAAAGGCCAUGGAUGAAGGACAUCCAGUAGAUGUCAUUUACUUUGACUUCAGCGAGGCAUUUGAUUGCGUUCCACAUAAGCGCCUUCUUCAAAAGUGGUCAGGCGUAGAGAUAUGAGGCAAUCUUCGGAACUGGUUUCAAGAUUUCUUAAACUGUCGUAGACGAAAUGUCAAUGCGAGUGGCUAUUGCACAGAAUGGGCACUGUUAAAAGUGGAGUCCCACAAGGGUCAGUUCUUGGGCCGCCCCUAUUCAUUAUCGAUGCAAAUUAUCUAUUACGGGAAGUGAAAUCAGACAUAGCGCUCUUUGCAGACUAUCUUAAGCUUUGGAGGGGGAUAAAAGAUGAAAAAGACGUCAAGAUACUCAAAGAGAACGUAGAGAAUUUGCACGCAUUGAGCGAGAAAUGGUGCAUGAAAUUCAACGUCAAAAGUGUGUGGUAGUGCACAUAUAUCAGCAUGGCGAAGAACAAAUGCACCCUCACAACAGUAUCUCGCGGACAAUCAACCACUUAAAACCGUAGAUGUACAAAAAGAUCUCGGUGUAUGCAUUUAAGACGAUCUAAGCGUCACCACUCGGUGUUCUGAAGUCGCUGCGCGGGCAAUGUCAGUCAUGAGCGCCAUACGCAGAACGUUUAUUCAUUUGAAUACAGAUGUCGUUUGGAAGACAUAUGGGGGAAUUUAUGCGGCCGUACCUGGAAUAAGCGAUACAGGCUUGGCGGCCGUGGCUUCGGAAGGAUAUAGAUAUCCUUGAACGCGUACAGCGUCGUGCUACAAAGGCUGUUCAUGAACUCAAUAAUUUUACGUACGAGCAGCACCUGUCGGCCUUGAACCUCUAUCCACUCCACUACAGGCGGGACAGAAAUGACCCCAUAGCAACGUUUCAGUUGCUAAGCUUACCUGGUCUGAAUGUGGACCGAGAAACUCUUUUUGAAAUAGCACCGGGAACUAAUCUCAGACGACACGAUUACCAGCUAAAAAAGGAACUCUGCCAUACAAAUCAACGUUCCUCCUUUUUCUCGCAGUGGGUCAUCCGCCAGUGGAAUUUUUUGCCGACGUAUGUGAUUAAUUCUCCUACCGUGAGUCCGUUCAAGAGACAUUUCAAUAAUCGUCUGUUAAAAGGCAACCCGAACUCCCCAAACCCGAUCUAGCGUAUUACUGAAAUGACCGUCAACAUACUGCUAACAUGAAUUCAACAGAUCCUUUUGUUUGCAUUAAAAUUGAUUUAUGUGAAAAUUUUCACAGUGCAAGGACAGUGAACGAUUUUUGCGCCGUUAUUUUGCAAAUGCCAUACCUUUUCGCAUUUAUGUUCCACUAUUAAAUUUAUGCAUCCUGCACACUAAAACUGUAUUCAAAAUUUUUGCAAUUCAACUAUUUUCCUUCUCACCUGUACCGUCCAAAUUAAGUUUUCAGGGCUUCUGUCGUUUGCUCGAAAUAUACUGACUGGUACUGACUGAAUGUGCAUUAUUUCGGUGUACUUCGAAUGAGGCGUCGCCUCACAAAUUAACUGGGACAUGUUACCAUCCCUGUUUUCGGGAUUGCGUGUUUCCUUAGCGAAUUUCAAGACCAACGGAAGUCCAGAUGUGGGCAGUUAUCUAGGCUAUCAGGAGGGCGCUUUUGCUGACAGUUGCAUCAUUUUCACGUAAUGUAAACUGCAUAAAUGCAAAUACGCUUAUUCCAACAAACCCUUCUUCUUGUUGGCCUUCUUUCAACCGAUAUCAAUUCCAUAUUCCUGUCACUUUGAACUUCAGGCCUCCUCGUGCAAUAUCUCGGUAAGGGACGAGCAUUCUUGGCCGCUAAUAAUUAAUGCAUCAGCCGGAGAACUCUCUGGAGAACUAGUUUUUGGCGCUUGUGUGAACGUCGCGUCAAUUAGGGACCCUCAGAUUAUCUUUUACUGCUUUCACUGGCUGAAUCUCCCUCUGUUUGCCUUUACCGCUUUUAUGACUUUGCCCUAG